AUUCGUCAGCUGGCGGAGACUUGUAUCGACCACACGGUGAGCGGGCGACCCAAGUUCCGGAACAUCCUCAAGACACUUGCAAGUCUGGUGCCCGCCGGUCGAUCCAUUGGACAUCAUAUGCUGAGAGCGGCCAAUAUACGCACCAACGAUCUCAAAUCUCACAUCGUUUUUGAAAAUCUCAAGGUGUCUCGCCAGAGGCAGCAACUCUGCCACAAAUUAGAUAACCUCUUUCCGCGUGAAUACUGCCAGAAGAUUCUUGCCGGCCUGCCCCAGCCAGAGUCGGAGCUCCAUAUGAUAGCGAUUUGCGUUGUUGGAGUAGUGCAGGUCGAUAAGGCUCCCGUGUUAGGCGCAAGCGAGAAGGAUCAUAUGCUCGACCAUCUGUUAUUAGUAAAAUCCAUCGCAGGACAAAAAGCAGCUGAAAGGGGACUUCGAAUGCUGAUUACCCCAGGUGGCCUUGGGCACGAGGGAUUCAGUUUUGUCUCUGCCAGUCCCGGUGUUCAGACAAGCGCGCAGGUCAUCGACCAAAUGCUCACAAUGAUCUCGGAGGUGCGAACAGAAUUUCGCUCUCGUCUACCCUCCCGCCGCGAGACCUGCUCUGUGAACGCGGCUGUGCACAUGGCCGCUGCCUUCACAGGCCUGAUCGGUGUUCAUCUGCCCAGGUUUGUCGACAUUACAACUAUGCCAGCCAAAUAA